CACCUUGCAAUAUUUCUCCAUGAAAUCUGCCUCCAACCUCACCAAGACAUUAGUCUCUCUCUCAUAUUCUCCUCCUUUUACUUAGUUCCCAUCCGCCUUUCUUUACCCAACAUAAACACACACUGAAAAAAACACACAUGUACGUAUUAAUGGCCCAAACAAGCACUUUCUUCUCACCCUUUUCCAUCUUCUUCCUCGUUAUUACCGUUAUUGUCUGCUUCUUACCUAACUCUUCAGUCUCAGCCUCCACGGACUCCUUCCUCUACGGUGGGUGUACCCAGCAGCAGUUCACUCCCAACUCCGCCUACGAGUCGAACCUUGACUCGCUACUCACCUCCCUCGUCAACUCGGCCACUUACUCCGCCUAUAACAACUUCACCAUCAUCGGCUCUAGCGCCCCGGACGUCGUCUACGGCCUCUACCAAUGCCGCGGCGACCUCUCCAUGCCCGACUGCGCCUCCUGCGUCGCCCGUGCAGUCACUCGUGCCGGCGUUCUCUGCGAGCAGCGUUGCGGCGGGGCCGUUCAGCUCGAGGGCUGCUACGUCAAGUACGACAACGUCACGUUCUUAGGCGUGGAGGACAAGACGGUGGUGCUGAAGAAAUGCGGGCCCUCCGUCGGGUACAACUCGGACGCCAUGUCGAGCAGGGACGCGGUCCUCACGGGUCUGGCGGGUUCGAGCGGUCCGUUCCGGCUGGGGGGAUCGGGUAAGGUCCGUGGCAUGGCCCAGUGUACGGGGGAUCUGAGCUCCGGGGAGUGUCAGGAUUGCCUUGGAGAGGCGAUCGGACGGCUGAGAAGCGAUUGUGGGACAGCGGAUUACGGGGACAUGUUCUUCGCCAAGUGCUACGCGAGAUACUCCACCGGUGGGUCCCACGGGUACUCCAAGGCCCAUGAGAAAUCGAAUGAAGAAGGAGAGAAGACAUUUGCAAUAAUCAUAGGAUUAUUAGCAGGAGUGGCCAUUCUUAUUAUCUUCCUCGCUUUCUUGAGGAAGCUCUGUGAAGAUCGUGGUAAGUAAGAAUAAAGAAACAAUCAAAGAUUGUUGAAGUGCCCAACUAUCAGCCUCUGUCCUCCAUUAGAGCUUGCUUUUGGUGGCUCCUUUUCUUUUUUUAAAUUACCUUUGUCAAU